AUCCAGAAACCGUACAGCCCUGAAACAAACGUUUUCAUUCAAAUCACGGGACACAGAAACUCACAACCAACUGCAAAAUGACUAGAAUUAGACAGUCGAGUGGCUAGACCCCCAUUCAUUGGACACUACUAAACACAUGGAGCCGUACCGAAAGUACAAGAAUCGAGCGCAAAGAAAUAAGUUGGUUUAUACUCGCUCGUUAAAAAGAUAUUGGAUAUUGGAUUGAACAAUUUCAGAAUGUUGCGUUGCUAACUUUGACUCUUAGCUGACAGGCUUGUCAACUUUUUUGUGUUAUUGAUCAUUGUUAUUGACUGCUUUCAGUAGAUAAUAUAAAAAAGGAAAGGAGAAUCCAUGGGAAAAUCAGAGGAUUGUAUUUUUUGUUCUAUUGCUUAUGGAAAGACAAGUCAAGCAAUCCGUUUCGAAACCAACGAUAUAGUAAUAUUUGACGAUCAUUUGCCAAAAGCUCAGUAUCACUUUCAAUGUGUCCCUAAAAAGCACAUAAAAAACGCUAAAUCUUUAACAUAUGAAGAUAUACCACUCGUUGUGAACAUGAUAAACUGUGGAAGAAAUUAUCUCACUAAACAAUUACAAUUAGAUCCAGAAGAAUUUUUAUUUGGAUUUCAUUGGCCGCCAUUCAAUAGUGUCCAUCAUUUACAUAUGCAUAUCAUUGGACCUAAACAAUCUGUGCGGCUUAAUCCAAUGUUUGAUUCACGAUUUCGUAUUUUCAGACAAACUGAGAAAGUUUUGGAUGAUUUGAAAAAACAGAAGCAUAAACGAACAAAAUGAAAUAAGUUGUUAAAGUGGAGAACUUAAUCAGCUUGUUUUGCAUGUGCUUUCAUAUUUACUUUCUCAUUUUAUUAAUGGUCAGAAUAAUGUGGAUAGUUCUUAUUGUAUCUUUUAAUCUUUUUACUUGAUAAUCAGUCUUUCAUAUACAAAUCCAUAUUCUGUGAUUGUUCGAACUGAGAAUGUUUGCUGACACUAUCCUUAAACUUGUGAUAUUUUGUUGCGACAAACGAUGUGCUUUCAUGAUUUCAUCAGAUGUAAUUUUCAAUGAAUUAUAUUUUUUUGCUAUCUUUA